UUUUGCAGUUGCAGACUUGCAGGUAAGCAAGCAGAACAGAGUGGCAUGGCACAUCUCUCAAGUCCCAACUGACUGCCUGCCAUGGUAGUGUAGUGUCUGAGUUCUGAACAGAGCAGGCGCAGGAGAAGUGAAACAUUUGUUCACUUGUGCAGCCCAGGUGCAUGUUGUCCAGAGAUAAGCAGGUGAUGGCUGCGCCGAUGGCCGCGGCGGACGGCGGGCUGAGGCGGCUGUUCGAGAAGCCGCUGCCGGAGAACCCGACGCUGCUGGAGGCGCUCUCGGCGUGGAACCGCAACGUGCACCACCCCAGCAGCAAGCCCAUCGACACGGCGUCCUUCACGGAGAUCUUCGGCGAGCUCCACUUCCAGGAGAAGCAGCAGCCCGACCGAGGCGCCCUCCUGCCGCCGUCGCCGUCGCCCCCGCCGACGCCGCUCCCUCCUUCCCGCACGCUGUCGUGGCUCGACAUCGCGGCCGAGGCCGAGAAGAGCAAGGACGACUCGUCGCUGGACGCGCUGCUGAGGCCCAAGCCAGCGACCACCGUGGCCACGGUGAAGAGGAGCGCGAGCUUCUGCACCAAGAAGGGCUCCUCCGCGUCGCUGCUGCUCUGCACCGAGGGGCUCGGCUCCGAGAGCACCGUGGACGCUGACGACAUGUUCAAGGACGGCGACGCCGAGGCCGAGGCCGAGGCCGCCGCCGCCGCGCUCAAGGGCACGGACACGGCGGACGGCAGCGACGCCGAGGAGGCGGUGAAGGAGGAGAGGCAGCCAAAGACGUUCCCGCCGCCGAUACCGUCCAUCGGGCGCGGCGGCAAGCCGUACGUGUGCUUCCGGUCGUUCCGGGAGGACGGCCGGUUCGUGCUGCUGGAGGUGGUGAUCCCCGGGAAGGAGCUCCUGCAGGCCACGCGCGAGGGCGGCCGGCUCAGGCUGCAGUUCGCCAACGCUGCCGCAGCAGCCGCAGGUGGUGUGGGUGUCGUCGACGAGGCGGUGCACGGAGGUGACGACGAUGGCGACCCCCGUGGCAAGAACGCAUGCAUAGACGACGACGACCACGAUGACGAGCGCUAGGUGAUCGUCGGGGUUCGUUGAUGUACUUGGCAUACUUUAUCACGAUCGAUAAUUGUCCUACUACUACUGCUACGGAUGAUGAUGAUGCAAUGGUGAAUCAUGCUGAUGAGAAGCAUCGGCUAACUAAUUAAUUAAUGUUUCUAAAGUGUUUUUCAGAAAGUGAUCUGAAAAGCGUUGUGCUCGUCCUAUUCAGUCAUAAAUUCAGAUUCCACCUUUCUUGAUGCUCGAUAUAUUUUUUCUAUAAAAACGAUUCUUGAUCCUA